AUGGCCGAAACAGACCCAAAUCCUCAACCAGAGACGACGGAAGCCGAAGAACAGAGGCUCAAGUACCUGGAAUUUGUGCAAGUCGCCUCGCUUCGCAUGGUGAUGUGCGCUUCGAAGCUCUACGAUUAUGCCAAGGACAAUUCUGGCCCGCUGAAGCCCGGUGUUAAGACCGUGGAGGGCACUGUCAAGACGGUCGUUGGACCUGUUUAUGAUAAGUUUCACGACGUCCCCGCUGAAGUCCUCAAAUUUGUUGAUCGCAAGAUUACCUCUGUAAAAAAGUAG